GUAUCUCUUACUCACUUCUAGGCGGCGCCACUUAUUUUUCCCGCGAACUCCUUUCUUGCCGUCGCGUGUGAAAGAGCAGCUUCCGCCCGUCAGCGGUCCUUCCGGUUUGACCGCCAUUAGCAGAACGCAGACAUGGCCAUCAGGUAUCCCAUGGUGGUUGGUCUCAACAAAGGCCACCCGGUGACCAAAAAUGUCGCAAAGCCCAAGCACAGCCGCCGGCGAGGACGUCUGACCAAACACGCUAAGUUUGCGCGGGACAUGAUCCGCGAGGUGUGCGGCUUCGCUCCGUACGAGAGGCGCGCCAUGGAGCUGCUGAAGGUGUCCAAGGACAAGCGCGCCCUCAAGUUCAUCAAGAAGAGGGUGGGAACCCACAUCCGCGCUAAGAGAAAGAGAGAGGAGCUCAGCAACAUCCUGGCGGCCAUGAGGAAAGCUGCUGCCAAGAAGGAGUAGUCUGUGUGAAAACAAUAAACUUGUGUGUGAAGACAA